AUGUCGAAUCAAGGAUAUUACAACAACCAACAACAACAGGGUGGCUAUUACGGGGGCGGCCCUCAAUACCCUGCUCAAUCGUACCCAGGCCAACAAGGAGGAUACAACGGCCCUCCACAGCAAGGAUAUUAUCAGCAAGGGCCUCCGCAGCAGUACGGACAACAGGGUGGAAUGGGAUACCAACAACAACCUCCUGUCGUUGUGAGGGAGAAGAGAAGUGGAGGAUGCUUGCAGGCAUGUCUUGCCGCCCUGUGCUGCUGCUUCGUCGCCGAAGAAGGAUGUGAAUGCUGCGCCGACUGCUGCGAGUGCUUUGCCGACUGCUGUUAA